AUGUCGAUGCAUCGUGUCUCGUCCAUCGAGACCUUCACUACCUUCCGCAUAGACCAUCACAGGAGAGAGUCUGAUGCUUCGACCCGCGCCCGCAAGCUUACCUUCAACCCCCUUCCGCCAGAAUGGGAUCCUCCCGUGACCAUUGACCAUCCCCAGGCUGUCGGUGCCUUCCAGGUACCGAAAUGGAAGCGCCUGGAUGCAGCCCAAGUCGGUGCCAGCGUAGUCUACUGCUUCCUCGCAGCCGGCUUAGUCUUUGGCUAUGCCGCAAUCAAACCCGUCCUGAAGGAUGAAGGCGCCUAUCGCGAUGUCUGCGCCUCCGCAGCGAGAGAUGGCUCGCUCGAACCCGAGGAGACGUGUGUCGAGAUGCACCUCAACAUGAUGUUUACCGUUGCCGCUGUCGCAACUAACGUCGCCGCUCUUCCUGUCGGCGCCAUCCUCGACCACUAUGGCCCCCGCGUCUGCGGCGUGCUGGCCAGUCUGUUCCUGGCCCUCGGCGCUCUGCUCAUGGCCUUCGAAGAUCUCCUGCCCUUCGACGGCCUGCUGUUCGGCUACUUCUUUCUCGCCCUCGGCGGUCCCUUCACCUACAUCUCAUCCUUCCAGCUGUCCAAUGCCUUCCCGCGCCACUCGGGCUUCAUCCUGGCGCUGUUGACAGGUGCUUUCGAUGCAUCGAGCGCCAUCUUCCUUGGCUUCCGGCUGGUCUACAAUGCCACGGAUGGCGCAUUUGGUCGCCGCCGGUUCUUUGUGUCGUACUUGCUCGUGCCCGUGCUGCUCAUGCUGGUACAGCUGACGAUCAUGCCCGCGCAGUCGUACAAGACAGUUGGUGAGCUAGUAGAGGAGCUGGAGACGGAGAAUCAUACCAACGGCUACGGCAGCAGUAACGGUCUUGUAAAUGGGGGUCAGAGGAGCAACGGCAGGCCGUUCGCGUCGGCAUUCGAGGACGAUAGUGACGACGAAUCGCCAUAUGCGAUCGACCAGGUUGAUGAAGAGACGGCACUAUUGCGCCAGGAGAGAUGGCGCCGGCGCGCCGAGGCCGAGGCCGAUAGGCAGACGCGUGCCGAGGACCAGAAGUUCAAGGCCUCGGGCGUGUGGGGUGUCAUGCACCCUUACUCGGCUUGGGAGCAGAUCAAGUCUCCAUGGUUUAUCCUCAUCUGCUUAUUUACCAUCGUGCAAAUGACCCGCAUCAACUUCUUCGUCGCGACUAUCCGAACACAGUACACCUCUCUUUUCAGCCCGCUCCCCGACCCCCCAGCCGCCGCCGCCGCCCUCAACACUUACUUCGACGUGGCCCUGCCCCUGGGCGGCAUCAUCGCGAUCCCCUUCAUCGGCUUGAUCCUCGACCGCCUAAGCACCGUAACCGUCCUCACUCUCCUAGUCACUUUCGCAACGCUCAUCGGCGGCCUGGGCCUUGUGCGCGGCUCCGAAGCCGCCGCUUACCUAGGCGUAACUCUCUUCGUGGUGUACCGCCCAUUCUACUACACCGCCGUAUCGGACUAUGCGGCGAAGGUGUUUGGGUUUGAGACGUUUGGUACCGUGUACGGUGCCGUCAUUUGUCUGGCCGGAGUCCUGAGCCUUGCGCAGGGCGGGCUGGAUUACUUGUUCGAGAAGACGUGUCGCGGCGAUCCGGUACCCGUGAACGUGGGGUUGCUGCUGGCUGGGUUGAGUGUGGGCGUGUGUCUCGUCGGGUUUGUGUGGUGGAAGGCUAGACAGCUGGGGACGAAGGGGGAGUUGGGGAGAUGUUGA